CUUCAGUUGUUUACUGUAGAUGGUGUUAUACAUUUUUUUAGCCACUGCAUCGCGUUUUAAAUGUUAAAUAUCCAUUGUAAAUACUCCAAUUGAUAAUUAAUAAUUAACAAUAUGGGCUCUGAAUAAUGCAAUGAGUAAUUCAUCAACGUACUGGAAAAUAUUUAAUCAUAACUGACGCAGUUCUGUAUUAUUUGAUACGUUUAUUGAGCAUAUUAAAUACCGUGAACUGAUCAUAGAGUAUUACCCCAUAAGAGAGCAUUCUAUAGUUUUGGCUAAGUAGUCAAGGUACGACUUGGAAAGGCCAAGUGUCCGACACAACUGAGGUUAUUUCUGUUUGGAGUGACAUUUUUCAAUUACAAACUGACAAUUACUUUUUAAGGAAAUAAUUAUAAUCAAAGUAUGGCGUCCAAAGUUACUUUUAAAAUAACUCUUACUUCUGAUCCAAAAUUACCAUUUAAAGUACUUAGCGUGCCAAAUAAUACACCUUUCACUGCUGUAUUAAAAUUUGCUGCUGAAGAAUUUAAAGUGUCACCAUCCACAUCUGCUAUAAUUACAGAUGAUGGAAUAGGUAUCAAUCCACAGCAAACAGCAGGAAAUGUUUUUCUCAAACAUGGAUCCGAAUUGAGAUUAAUUCCGAGAGAUCGUGUUGGAUACGGCAGAUGAUUUAGAAUAGAUUAGAAGUUCUUAUGAAAUAAAAUACAUUUCUUUCUAAAACUGUGCAUUCGUCUAUAAAUUAUUUUUUAAAAUCUAUAGUUUCUCUUAAUCUAUUCAUAAUACAAUUACUUUGUCAUAUUCAACACGUUAUUUGCCAAUUGACAAAUAUCAAUAAAAACAUUCCUGAAGUUUCAUUAGACAAUUGUAUGGAUAAUAUAUGUUGGUUUCUAUGUAACUAUAUAAAAAUUUAUACCGAUUUGUAAAUAUAAAAGAAAAGAGGAUGAAAUAAUACAAGUAUACUACAUAUACAAGUAUAUAUCUUUGAUAAAAAGAUUUUAUAGAUGAAAUACAUGUAAGAGGUAUAAGGUCGAUACAAAGGUAUGUUAUUACAUGAUAAACUUACUAGCGAUCAGUCAUAGCGCAAUAUUAAACACCAAGAAACUUGUUGUUGCAAUUCAAAUUAAUUUCACCGAGAUUUUGAAACUGUGUGCUAUAAAGGAUCGCAUACAAAUAUCGGGAAUGACUAUAAAUCUACUGUUGCAAUAAAAAGAAAACUUACAGUGUAAAGUGUCAUAAUCUUAUUGAGAAGUACCAUAAGUUGAAAACAAUUUUCUCUUAUCCCCCUUCUCUUUAUGUUUACCAUUGCUUCCUUGUUCACUUCAAGAAGCAGUAAAAGAGACUCGAACAUCAUAUGCAACUUGUGAUUACUUUUCAAGAUAUUAUUCUGAAGUAAUACUAUAUGUGUCUAGUUUUCAAUCAAACAGACAUUUACGAAGCUGCGGAAAAUAAUGUAAUUAUAAAAAAGAAAAGGCAUGGUUACUAAAACAUGGAACAAUGAUGUUUCUCAGUUCUAUAGUAAAUGGCGAAUAAUUACAGAUAUAAAUUUGUAUGAUAAGACAGAUGACGUGAAUGGCAGCUAUUUUUUUUUCUUUUUCAUAACAAAGUUUCACUUUGUUCCUCUUUCUAUUUAUGAUGCGUAUAAAACAUGGUAAAAAAUUGUGAUCAGUAUACAAGAUAAUAUGCACAACUUUUUGAAUGCAGCACUUAGAGGUGUUCUACUCGCUGUAUAGGAAAUUUCGUGUUGAUUCAAUACGUAUCUCUAAACUAAUAAAAUUCUUCGAUAUUUCCUUCCUAUUACUGUGACUUACUGUAACUUACUGUGCCCACAAAUAUGACAGAAUGUAAAAAGGGAAUGUUACUUUAGACUUUGUUGAAUAAAUUGCGUAAAUAAAAAGGCAUCUAGUUAGCGAUGAGACUCAUAAUUCGUCUGAGCUGAAUAUCAAAACUCAUACUACAAUCACAUAAUUUUCAAGGAUUCAAUUAUUUUAUAACUAGUCAUUGAAACUCAGAUUUGUUAUGUUUUAAUAUCGUUAUUAAACAUGUUAACGUUUGAACUAAUCGUCGAUUGUAAUCAACCAAUAUAUGUUAGUUUGAUGGGUUCUGAGUUACAACUAAACUGGUACAUGGUAUAAUUGAUAUGUAUAGACAUAAGUCAUAUGUCUGAAAUAUAAUUCUUCCCAAAAAAAGAAUCAAUCUUAAAUAUAAAUGCAAUAAUAAUGAAUGCAGGACGUGCGUCUCAGUCUCAUCACUAAUUGUGUUCUUUUAUCACGAAAAAUAUAUAUGAUUUUACUUUCAUUGGCAAUUACGUACUAGGACUCGUUAAAGGGGCAUAGCACCAUUGGGUCAAAAUUUUAUACUAAAAUGAUGAAGACUGCACUAUGAUGACGGAAUAUAUAAAGGUAUAAAGUGUGUGCGUGAUUCAAACACGUUACAAAGUUGCUUACCAAAGCGAAGGGAACAUUCAUGCAAAAUGGAUGUCAAUC